AUGGAUUAUUCAAAUCCUCCACCACAAAGAGAUAUUAUCAGAGCCUAUUUAUCAAAAAAAGGACAUGUUGUAAAAAAUUGGAAAUUAAGACUUUUUGUUUUAAAACCAGGGUCAAGUUAUAUGGAAUAUUUUGUAGAUGAAACAAAAGAAGAUUUAAGACAACCUCAAGGUAGAGUACCAUUAUUCGGUGCUAGAGUAAUGGAAUAUAUACAUACAGGUAGUGGAAGUAAUAGUAAUACAAGAGAAUUUUGUCUAAUUGUAGAAACAGAUCAUAAAAAUUGGAUCAUUUCAGCAAGUUCAAAAGCACAACAAGUAGAGUGGAUAGAAGCAAUAAAGUGUGCAAUCGAACAGGCAGUAGAAACAGAUGACAUUAAAAUGCAAAAACAUAGAGCUAUUGAGAAGCAACUUUCAGAGGAUAAUAAAAAGAGAACCAAAACACCAGUACUUAAAUUACUUUUAUUGGGAGCAGGUGAAUCAGGUAAAUCGACAGUGGUAAAGCAAAUGAAAAUUUUACAUCAUAAAGGUUUUAGCAAAGAGGAGGAAGAUUUCUAUAGAAAUUUAAUUUAUGUAAAUUUAUUGGAUGGUGUUGCAUUAUUAAUUCACGUUAUAAAAGAGAAUAAUAUAGAGGUUUCACAAGAAACCGAAUCAGCAAUCAAAAAUUUUAGUUCGUGGUACAGAGUAUAUGUUGAAAAAAGAAAAAAUGUAGUUAAAAAUUCAAAUGGUUCAACAUCAAUCAUUCAAAGUAAUUUACAAAAUAUCGAUAAAAAAAUGACACACCUCAGUCUUGAUGGUUCAACAUCUAUAAAUUCAGCUUCAUCAGCAGGAAAUGGCAGCACUAGUAACUCACAUAAUAGAUCAAAUAGUGAUGGUGCAUCCAAUAAUAUAUUUAAUGUUCAAGAUUUUGGUUUACCCCCAAUAAUAACCAAUUAUAUAUCAGUUAUAUGGUCAGAUCCGGUUGUACAGUCCGAUGUAAUGCUUCAAGCACAAAAGUAUCAUAUCAACGAAUCUACCAAAUAUUAUUUAAAUGAACUAAAGAGAAUCGGUAAACCUUCAUACCAACCUGUAAAUUUAGAUAUUUUAAAAUCAAGAGCCACCACCAAUGGUGUUGUUGAAACCGAUUUCAAUGUGGGUGAAGUUAUAUUUAGAAUUGUGGAUGUUGCAGGCCAACGUGGUGAACGUAAAAAAUGGAUCAACUUUUUCGACGAUGUUACCGCCAUUGUUUUUGUUGCCGCUAUAAACGAAUACGAUCAAAAAUUGGUCGAAGAUAAUUGUACAAAUCGUCUUCAUGAAUCUUUAAAUCUCUUUGACCAAAUUUGCAACGAUUCAACUUUUCCAAAAUCAUCCAUUAUUUUAUUUUUAAAUAAAAUAGAUUUAUUUAGAGAGAAAUUAAAACGUACUUCAAUCAAAAUUUGUUUCCCAGAUUACAAUGAUGAUCAAUCUUACGAAAAAUCUUCAAGCUUUAUAAAAAAUAGUUUUCUUUCUAAAAAAAGAGGUGGCUCCAAUCCAGGUAUGUCCUCAACAGGUUUUAUUUAUUUCCAUUUCACCUGUGCAACCGAUACCAAAAGUUUUGAAACUGUAUUCAAUUCAGUACGAGAUAUUAUUAUUUCAAAAACUUUAGAAUUUUAUUGUUGA